GCGGGGCCAGGCGGGCACUGGGAGCCGGACGGGACCCCGAGGCCCGCCGCCGCCGCCGCCGCCGCCGCCGCCAUGGGCGCCUGCCUGGGCGCCUGCUCCCUGCUCGGCUGCGCCUCCUGCCUCUGCGGCACGGCUCCCUGCCUCCUGUGCGGCUGCUGCCCCGCCAGCCGCAACUCAACCGUGAGCCGCCUGGUCUUCACCAGCUUCCUCUUCCUGGGCGUGCUGGUGUCCAUCAUCAUGCUGAGCCCCGGCGUGGAGAGCCAGCUGCACAAGCUGCCCUGGGUGUGUGAGGAGGGGGCUGGAAACCUCGUUGUCCUGCAGGGCCACAUCAACUGUGGCUCCCUGCUGGGCUUCCGCGCCGUCUACCGCAUGUGCUUCUCCACGGCGGCCUUUUUCUUCCUCUUCGCUCUGCUCAUGAUGUGUGUGCGCAGCAGCCGGGACCCCCGCGCUGCCAUCCAGAAUGGGUUUUGGUUCUUUAAGUUCCUGGUCCUCGUGGGUAUCACCGUGGGUGCCUUCUACAUCCCUAGUGGCUCCUUCUCCAAGAUCUGGUUCUACUUCGGCGCCGUGGGCUCCUUCCUCUUCAUCCUCAUCCAGCUGGUUCUGCUCAUCGACUUCGCGCACUCCUGGAACCAGCGGUGGCUGUGCAAGGCCGAGGAGCGCGACUCCCGCGCCUGGUACGCAGGCCUCUUCUUCUUCACCUUCCUCUUCUACGCGCUGACCGUCACGGCUGUGACGCUGAUGUUCAUCUACUACACGCAUCCGGGCGCCUGCUACGAGGGCAAGAUCUUCAUCGGCCUCAACCUCACCUUCUGUGUCUGCCUCUCCAUCGUGGCUGUCCUGCCCAAGGUCCAGGACGCCCAGCCCAACUCUGGGCUGCUCCAGGCCUCUGUCAUCUCGCUCUACACCAUGUUUGUCACCUGGUCAGCCCUGUCCAAUGUCCCUGACCAGAAGUGCAACCCUCACUUGCUGACCCGCCUGGACAACGCCACGGUCCUGGCGGGCCCCGAGGGCUACGAGAGCCAGUGGUGGGAUGCCCCCAGCAUCGUGGGCCUCGUCAUCUUCAUCCUGUGCACCCUCUUCAUCAGCGUGCGCUCCUCAGACCACCAGCAGGUGAACAGUCUGAUGCGGACGGAGGACUGCCCGGCCGGCCCGGAGGCCAUGCAGCAGCAGCAGCAGGUGGUGGUCUGCCAGGGCCGAGCCUUUGACAACGAGCAGGAUGGUGUCACCUACAGCUACUCCUUCUUCCACCUGUGCCUGGUGCUGGCCUCCCUGCACAUCAUGAUGACGCUCACCAACUGGUACAGACCUGGAGAGACCUAUACCAUGAUCAGCACGUGGCCCGCCGUGUGGGUGAAGAUCUGCGCCAGCUGGGCAGGGCUGUUCCUCUACCUGUGGACCCUGGUGGCGCCUCUGCUCCUGCCCAGCCGCGACUUCAGCUGAGGCAGCCCCCGGAGCCUGCCCACUUCGUGCCUUGGGGCUCACCGACAGCCAACCUGCCGCCUCCCCACACCCACUCACCAGGCUGAGCCCAUCCUCCCCACCCUCGCCCUCCUCCAGGCCUGUUCUGAGUGGCCGUCCUGCAGUCUUAGUGCCGUCAGGUUCUGGGGAGCACCGGACUCACACCUGUGCCCCACCUGCCGCUGCCCCAGACCACGGAGCUGCCUCUUCCUUCCCUGACCCCAGUGACCCACACUCACUCGGGAAAAAAGUCCCCUCAAUGCCCAGAAGGGGGCUGAGGGGAGAGCUGCUCAGAGCUGCUCAGAGGGCAGUGAGCACCCGCCACCUGGACGCCUGGCGCCGAAGCCCGUGUUCCUGCCCCACCCCUUCCUGGACCGUGCCUUACGAGUCUCCAAGACUUCGAGCAAUAAACACACCCGUGUGUGCCUCCCUGUGUCCC